GACCCUACUGUGAAGCACAAAACCGGUGUGAGAGUGAACACACAACCCAAGUCAGGUUUCUGAUAUCGAACGGUUCGCACGUCUUGGUAAUUUUUGUUUAUACAAAUAAAAUUAUAUUUUUGAAAAAAGUUACUUUUACAGUGGACUCGUUUAACGAGACAUAUAAGUUUUUCGUACAUAGUGCGUGUGUUUUGAUUUUUCCGUGAAGAUCAAAGUUCUUUUGUUGGUAUCUUAGGAAAGUAUAUUGCAAAACAAUAAGUUUCCGCUAUCGUAGUGGUUUGUCGAUGGAAUAUAGAACUGACCGGUGAUAAUAGCAUCGAAUAAAAGAUUUGAUCGAGCAAUAUGUCUGAGAAGUGGACCGAAGAAGAGUUGGACGCGUAUUUGUUGGGCGAAGGUCGAAAAACUUCGGUUGGCUUGGCUAGAGAAAACCGCCGACUAUCAGGAAAUGUGGCGGUUGGAGUUUUUAAGGAUGAGAAAAAAUUAGAAAAGUACGAUGACCCUGUAUCCACAGUGAUUGGUGAAUUUGGCCGAUGGCAAGCUAUUCUUGCUGUGGUCCUAUCCUUGUUAAAUUUGCCUUGUACGUGGCACAUUUUCGUAUUAACUUUUCAAGGGGCAGAUACAGAUUUCUGGUGUGCACCGCCUCCGGGUCUUCUGCAACGAAUAUCGGUAGAUCAAUGGAAAAAUUUGAGUGGUGUAUUCGUCGAAUCGCCAAAUAAGGACCUUAUUUAUGAUCCUUGUGUUUACCGAGAUAUUAACUACGAGGGUUUGUUAGAAAAUACUACAUUUGAAGAACUACUGCACAGAGAUGUGAAAAAAGAUGUUAUAAAAACAUGUUCUUCGUGGCAGUUCAGUAAAUCUGAAUUUGGUGACACAAUACAAUCUGAGUGGGAUUUAGUUUGCGAAAGAAAAAACCUAAAGAAUUUUGCUGAGAUGAUGUUUUUGAUGGGAGUUGCAUUUGGUGGUUUCUUUUCAGGCCUUGUAUCUGAUAGAUUUGGUAGAAAGAAAACGUUGAUGGCAUCACUAAUUAUGCAAUUGACACUUGGAAUUUUUGUUGCUCUGUGUCCUUGGUUUGAAGCUUAUUUAGUACUACGGUUCAUCUUAGGGUUUGUUUGUGUGAGCAUUGUAUUCAGUGGUUUCGUGCUAUGUAUGGAAUUGGUCGGAGGAAAAUGGUUGACAAUUGCUGGUGUACUAUACUUGCUUCCUGUUCCAUUGAGUUACAUUAUAAUAUCUGGAAUCGCAUAUUUUUGUAAAGGAUGGAGAUUGCUUCAAUGGUGCGUUACGUUGCCAGCUGUUUUCUUUUUAGUUAUUCAUUGGUUUAUACCUGAGUCACCGAGGUGGCUACUAGCGAUGGGAAAAGUUGAAGAAACUAUGGAUGUUUUGAGAAAAGCUUCUAAAAUUAACAAUCAACCAUUACCUGAUAACAUUGAUAAAAUCAUCAGCUAUAGCGUGAGGAAACUGGAAGCUACCGGCAAACCUAGAGUUCGAGUUUUAGACCUUUUCCGAACAAAGACAAUUAGGAAAAUUUCUCUUGUUCUAUAUAUAUUGUGGUUCAGUUUGUAUUUGGUGUACUAUGGACUUGUAUUGAACUUAUCUAAUAUUGGAGGAAAUAUUUACAUUAAUACAAUUAUAUCUGGUUUGGUUGAAAUUCCGUCAAUUUUGAUAAGCGUUGUAAUUCUUCUGAAAAUGGGAAGAAAAAAACCACUAUGUUUAACAAUGGUAGCGGGAGGAGUCGCAUGUUUGCUAACUACAAUUUUGCCCCCAGAUACUGACGAAUGGGUUUCAUUGUCAUUGGUAAUGGCUGGUAAAUUUUCCGUUUCAUCAUCAAAUGUAAUAAUGCCUCUUUAUACCGCUGAACUUUUUCCAACUGUUAUUAGAAACCUUGGUGUGGGUACCUCAAACAUACCGGCUGGAAUCGCUCUUAUUAUGGUUCCAUAUUUAUGGAAUUUGUCUUCACUGAGUAGCGUUUUGCCAUUGAUGGUUUUGGGUACAGUGAGUGUUAUUGGAGGGUUAGCUGUUUUAUUGUUACCUGAAACUAGAAGUCAUUUGUCUGACACACUCGAAGAGGUAGAAGAAUGUAUUAAUAUAUCAGGCUCACCACAGAAAAAAUAUAUUGAAUCUAUAUCUAAUAAUAUAGUACGAAAUACACCAGCAGAAAAGGAAUAACAAGGCAUUUGUUAGAUCCUUAUAAGUUACAACUUCUUCCUAACCUUUAUAUUACAUUUUUUGUUUAGUUUUAUAUGUUUAAGUUACUUGAAUUUACUUAUAAAAUGAAAUUCUAUUAAUAAUACAUAAUCUGUGAUACAUAUCUGAAAAAAAGUUAACCAUCGAGUUGGAAGAAACUCGUUUAUGAUUUUAGUGUUAUGCGUAUGUUUAUAAAUUAAUGUAACUUGUAUGCAGUGCCUAGUUAAAUUUAUUUAUAUUUUGUAUUUGUUAAUUUUUUAUAUUACUUAUAAACUAUUUCCUACGUUUAAUUUUUAUAUGUACCAGAUAAUGUUGUAUUAUCUACUCUAUUUUUAUUGUAAUUUUUAUAAAGUUGUACAAUGUAAAUAUUAAUUUUAGAAUUAUGUAUUAUGUAAAUUAUAUAUUCACUUAGAUUUUCUCAGAGAAGUUUCAGAAAAUUUGAAAUUAAGAUUUAUAUAAUGAAUAAGU